UCAGGGGCAGGGGCGGCGGACUGACAACUCAUGGGGCCUCCGGGCAAUAGAGGAUCAUGGGGCCCCUGUGUCCUUGCCCAAACUCAAAAAAGCCUAUGAAAAAGGUACCAGGGGCAUCUCAUGGGGCCCCUACUGACCCCGGGCCCUCGGGCAGUGUCUGAGUUUCCAAAUGGUCAGUCUGCCCCUGGUUAGGGGUAGUAAAAACACAGCUACAGUGGAUAUAAAAAAGUGCACACCCCGAUUGGGUGCUAUAGACUGCAAAGGAACACCUGAAAACGUGCAACAUGAACAUUUUACAGGUGUUUUAUUUUAUUUUUCA